UGCAUUUGGUGUACUCCACAUUAUUUUUUAUAAAAUAAAUGAGUUUGUUAUCAGAUACGAGCGUAAGUUGUUUUUAAAUAACAAAUAUAUUAAUAAUUAAAAUACCUAUUUGUUAUUUAAAAACAAAUCAACCGCCGCGCCGCCCGCGCCGGCCCUCACUGUGUCAGUGUGUCUUAUUUACUCUGCUACAGGUGUCGUCGUUGCAGCACGUUUUAAGUUUUAAGCACGUUUAAAACUGUUUAAAAGCACCAGAAAGCACGUUGCAGUUCGACCGGCCGCGCCGUGCGUGGGUGGUAUUAAGUUUUUGGUUUUUGUUUUUAUAUCUUAUCAUAAUCUUAUCUUACAUCGGCCAUUGGCAUAAUUUGCAUCUCAGCCAUCUCGUCUUCGUAGUAUAUUCUGUGAUCUCGUCGUUCUGUGCGUGUCGCUGUGAUAUCAUAUCUUAUACUGUUUUGGGUUUUAGUAAGUUUUGGGUAGGGUUAUAAUAGACAUGGAAGACGAAGAUCAAAAUGAUCUGGAAACAUUUCUUGAUGAAAAUGGCUUCCAUUUUAUAAUUGAUGCUUGUCGAGGUAAGUAGGACUAUUAGCUAUUUCGAUAUAAGUUUCACAGCUAAAUGCUGUUAAUUUGAUUCAUACAGCUAAGUUAAAAAAGUUAAUUAUAUGUGAUUACUUUGUUAGUUAAAAUGAUUAUAUUUAUCUUAUUACUUUAAAUUGUAUUGCUAAAUCGAAGCGUCCUAAAGUACCUAAUUUACGUUUAAUUAAUAAUAAAUAAACUAAACUUAACAGCAAAUAUGCUUGCAUUUUUAUAAAUAUAUUUGUUAGCUAAACGUAAACUGUAAUUUAAAAUUAAUAAUAUUGGGUUCUGUUAAGCAAAUUUAUUAAUAGUAAAUAACAGAUUGAAAGCCUUAAAAAUCUCCAAAAAAAAAUGACGCGGAUAGUUUAUGAGUUGGACCCAAAUGACAGGCGGUGAAUCAGUUCUUCAAAGUAAAGAAUAUUUUAGAUUUUUGAUCAUUUUAAACUGCUGCUGCUGCCUGGUAGCAAAUGGCGUGGAUAGCUUGCAAACAUUAAAACAGAUUGUUGGUGAUGCUAAUGAAUGUAAGGAAUUUAUUCCUCAAUUGGGGCAACGAAUCAAAUUGAAGGCAAAAUUGGAUGGCAUUAAUUUAGAACAUAACCAAAGUCAAAUAAUUAACAGUGAAGAAAAUAAUGAAGAAAUAUCAGAAGAACCAGGUGCAAAUAAAGUAUUUGUCCUAGAUGUCGAUAACCAGCCUAUGCCAGUUGCACCUAAUAUACAAAAUGUACAAUUCUUGCUAAUGGAUGACGACUUAUCGCUUCAAAAUAAACCUUGCUCCGAUUUAUCAAUAGCUUCAACCUCAACCACUACACUAGUUGAACCGGCAAAUGGUAUCAAUGAAGUGAUUUUGAAUUUUAAUAUUUCUCAACUAUUGGAUGCUACGUCUAUGGGAAGAGCUGUAAAGGCGCUGUACAAAGCAAAAAAAACUCUAAGUAGUAAAUGUCAAUCAUAUUUAGUUGAAAUAAUCGUUCAGCACUUUAUUAAUGCUGUACCAUUUAGAAGACUAACUAACGAAGACUUUCGAAAAAUAUCAAAACUCAUUGUUGAAGAAUUUCCAAACGAACUACCUCAAGUCUAUUUCACUUCCCCAAUAAGGAAAAGGAAUUCACGGGACCAAAAAACUGGUAUUGCCAGGGGAAAAUUGGUAGAUAAAUAUAGGAAUAGAUUAACCUUCCUAAGAGAUUCCGGUAUUCUCUUAUCAUCCAGAAGUUCAUUAGAGGUCAAUGACGAUACUACAGAUGCCUCAGAAAAUUUUGAUUACAAUGGUGACCACGAUGAAAUCAUUACGUGGCUCAAAAAUAAUCAAGAGCCAUGGUCCGAUGUAGUUUCUAAAUGGAAUGCCACAUAUGAAUAUAGACAAAGGUUGUACAUGCGUCACGAAAAUCUUCAAGAAAUUUUGGCCGUAUUUCCUAUCAUACAAAAUCCUUUAGGGCAUAGGUUGAUAGACAUUGAUUUUGAAAAAAGAUUUCCAAGCCACAACCUAUUGUAUAAUAAUUUUGAAACAGUUUUUAAUAAACUGUUGGAACUGAAGAAAAAAAGUUUAAAUCAAAGUGAUUCCCUAAUAGUGGAUAUCAUUAAGAGCAACACUAUAAAUAACGAUAGUCGUCACUAUUUGAUGCUAAUGCUAUUACCAGCUUUACUACCAACCAAGACCUAUAAUAAAAAAGGAAAAAAUAGCUGGUAUCCAACAUCAACUGAAAUAAUCAGUGGAAUAGUUAUUCAAGUUAAGAUUCCAGGAGACAUCCCUAAUAUAAUUGACGAAAAGCGCAAGAAGUUGGUCAAAUAUGGUUUGCCAUUACUGCCAUUUGUUAUAAUCGAGGGUGCUUCCUAUACAGAUAUAAACCAAAUUUAUGUAAGUUACGAUAGUAUCAUGUAUAGAGUAGUGUCAGUUUUAAAGGCUGUAGAUAUUUGUUUUCAACUGAUGCAUACAUUAAAUUUAAAAUAUCCCUAUGAGUGUGAACAUGUGUGGAUGUUUAUACAAUUGGGAAUUUAUAAUUUGAAAACAGUCUAUGACAAAAUACCAAAUAUUCUAGAUAUAGUGAACAAGAUUAAGUCUUCGGAUUAAAUCAAAAGAAUCUCAACUAAGCAAUGAAGUGCAAACAUUGCUUAAAAAUUUUUGUUAAAAACCAAAGUUUUUUUGCUCACAUGACAGCCACUCAUAGAUUUUUAAAUUCAUUUUCUUGUUGCUAUUCCAAAUGCACUAGAAUUUUCAGUUCUUUAUGUUCCCUCAAAAAACAUAUACUAACUUUUCACGAUGACAGUAUUUUUCACCAGUUGGAUGUACCGGUAACAGAACGCGAUACUUUUCAGCCAAAGCUAAAUACCCAGCCCUUUAGUAGUAACAUUAGUAGACAUAUCGAUGACGUAAAUAGAGAGCCAAAUGAAAAUUCACCUAAAAAUGUUCGAAAUAUGAUUGAAUUGCAAAUAUUAAAAUUUACUAGUAGAUUAUAUAAUAACAACACAAUUAACCGUUCAAUAGUGCAAGAAUUAUUAACUAAUACUUCUGAAUUAGUAUCAGGUAUUUUUUCCAACUUACUUGCAAAGUUGAAUUCUUCAUCAAUUAGUUGUUCAAAUGACAUUGAUUA